UUGGACACCCCAAAACCUGCACAGACAGAGCAGAGGAUCCCAGAGAGCUGCAGCCAGCACAGCAGAGCCCAGAACUCGGGGAGCCCCCGGGGGCAGGAGCCUCAGCCAGGCCAGGAGGGUCCCUCACCCCAGGGCAGACACUGGCAUGAGGCAGGUGUGACCCUGCCCACCUGUGCCAGGCCAGCAUGGAGCCGUGCCCGGGGCAGCCCCAGGAGGCCCUGCUGACGGUCAACGAGCAGGUUAUUGUCAUGUCCGGCCAUGAGACCAUCCGGGUGCUGGAGGUGGGCGUGGAUGGGGACCCCAAAACGGCCGGGGAGGGAGCGGGGGGGUCCCCGGCACAGGGGGGGCCCCCAGGUGUGGAGGACGCUCCCUCCAGCACCCCGAGCUCGUCCGGCGGGGAGGUGGCAGGUAAAGCCAAAGCUGAGUCCCCCGCCCCCAUCCCCUCCAGCCACGCCCCGAGCCAGCCCGGCGUGACACACCUGGCCGUGCAGGCCACCCCGCAGGUGUUGGCUCAGGAAAGCUUAGCCACAGGUGUGACAGGAGUAAUGGUUCCGGCAGGGACAGUUACUCAACCUCUUCUUAUCCCCAUCAGUAUUGCAGGUCAGGUGACAGGCCAGCAGGCGCUGGCCCUGGUGACAAUCCCCACCGCAACGCUCGCCGCGCUCCCGGGACUGACGCCGGCGGCACCUGCGGGGGCGAUUUUCAAAGCGCCCGUAGCCAAUCUCACAGCCGCCGCCGUGCUCAGCCCGGCUGUCCCGGUGCCCCCGGCGCCCCCCGGGCAGCCCCCGCUGCUGCCCCAGCCCCCCCCGGAGCCCGCCCCGCCCAAGGAGCCCCCGCUGGCCGUGCAGCCCCCGCUGGCCGUGCAGCCCCCGCUCGCAGGACUGGCCUUUAACCCCGGCAUCCUCACGGCGGCUCUGGGGGUGCAGCCACAGCUCCUGGGGUCCCUCAGUGCCCCCCCCGUCAUCUCCAUCCCCCUCCCCAGCGUGCAGGGGCAGCUCCUGACCAACACCCAGGGCCAGGUGAUCGGGACCCUGCCCUGGGUCGUGGCCCCUCCCGGGGUGGCCCCCGCGCCAGCCCCGCCCAGCCUGCAGGUGACACAGGUGACACCGGUGACACCGCAGCUGCUGCUCAACGCGCAGGGCCAGGUGAUCGCCACGCUGGCCACGGGGGCCGCGCUGGCCACGGGAGCCACGCUGGCCACAGCCCCCCCUGCACCUGCCCCCGGCAAGAAAAACGGGGCUGGUGAGCCCCCCGUCAAGAGUGAGGUGCAGCCCAUCCAGCCAGCCCCGGCGGGGGUGGGGACAAGCCCCGUGGCCAAGGUGUCACCGUCCCCUGUGCCCAUCACCUGCUCUGAGACCCCCACCGUGAGCCAGCUGGUGUCCAAGCCCCCUGCCCCUCCCAGCACAGACGAGGACGGGAUCAACCUGGAGGAAAUUCGGGAAUUCGCCAAGAACUUCAAACUGCGGCGCCUCUCGCUGGGGCUCACCCAGACACAGGUGGGGCAGGCCCUGACUGCCACCGAGGGGCCAGCCUACAGCCAGUCAGCCAUCUGCAGGUUCGAGAAGCUGGACAUCACGCCCAAGAGCGCGCAGAAGCUGAAGCCGGUGCUGGAGAAGUGGCUGCGGGAGGCGGAGCAGCGGCAGCGCGAGGGGCAGCAGCACCUGCUGGAGUUCGUGGGGGGCGAGCCGGGCAAGAAGCGCAAGCGGCGCACGUCCUUCACCCCGCAGGCCCUGGAGGCGCUCAACGCGCACUUCGAGCGCAACGCGCUGCCCACGGGCGCGGAGAUCACGCGGAUCGCGCAGGAGCUGCGCUACGAGCGAGAGGUGGUGCGGGUGUGGUUCUGCAACCGCCGCCAGACGCUCAAGAACACGAGCAAGCUCAACGUGUUCCAUGUGCCCUGAGAGAGGGCCGGGGGUGCUGCUGUCCCCGUGUCACCCUCCGGUGUCCCCGUGCUCGGAGCUGGGAGCGCCCCCCGUGUCACCCCGGCCUCCAGCCAGCAGCGCUUUGGGCACUGGUUCUGUCCCUGUGCCACCACGCCCGUACCUGUGUCCAGUCUGUGGUCACUGGUUCUGUCCCUGUGCCACCACGCCCUCACCUGUGUCCAGUCUGUGGUCACUGGUUCUGUCCCUCUGCCACCACGCCCGUACCUGAGUCCAGGCCCUCCCCUGUGUCCAGUCCCUCACCUGUGUCCAGUCCCUCACCUGUCCAGUCCCUCACCUGUAUCCAGGUCCAGGCCCUCCCCUGUGUCCAGUCCCUCACCUGUAUCCACCCCCACCCUGCCCCUCAGCAUCUCCCACAUGCCCUAAACUGGGAGCACUGGGAGCCACUGGUUCUGUCCCUGUGCCACCAGAUCCCUGCACCAGCACACCUGGGCCUGAGUCCAGCACACCUGGAUCUGUGUCCAGCACACCUGGGUCUGUGUCCAGCACACCUGGGCCUGUGUCCAGCACACCUGGAUCUGUCCAGCACACCUGGAUCUGUGUCCAGCACACCUGGGCCUGUGUCCAGCACACCUGGAUCUGUCCAGCACACCCACACCUGUGUCCAGCACACCCACACCUGUGUCCAGCACACCUGGGUCUGUGUCCACACCUGUACCCGUGUCUGAAAUUCAACGUCUUCCACAUGAUCUGAACUGGGAGCACUGGGAACACCCGAGUUCCCAGUCAGAGCCCCCCUGACCGCCUGCCAUCAGCACUUUGGCCAUUGAUUUUGUCCCUUUGGCCAUUGAUUUUGUCCCUGUGGCCACCCCUUUGUCCCUCCAACCCCAUCCCUGUGCCCAUCCCCACUGUGCCCUUCAGUGCUCUGAACUGGGAACACUGGGAAUCCCCUCUGUGUGUCCCACCAGUCCCAGCCCCUUGGCCUCCAGCCAUCAGCACUUUGGCCAUGGAUUUUGUCCCUCUGACCAUGGGUUUUGUGUCUCUGCCCUGUACCUGUGCCCACCUGUGCCUGUGUGUGUCCUCCUCUUCCCUCCUUGUCACACACGACCCGAGGGUGUUGAUGUCACCUCCCCCAUCUGUGACACACGUGGUGACAGACCCCCCCCCCACCGAGUGUCACCCACCCAAAAUCCGUGAUUUCCAUUUUUCUGGGCUUUUCCCUUUUUCCUGUGUUCCUGAGGCGAUGUCGUGGCUCACCAGGGGUGACACCAAAUUUAUGUCACCCCCACGCUGGUUUUGCGAGGGGCUGCUGGGGGUGAUCCCCCACCCUGGGGACGUCCCGUGGGUGAAUUUUGGGGACAUCCCCUCCGGGUUUGGGGGGCGUGAACCCCAAAGCAGAGGUAGCGCCCCUUCCCCACCUCCGCCUGCAGCUCCUCGGGGGGCGAUGGGGGGAGAGCUCUGGGGGGCACCGGGCAGACUGAUGCACUUGAUGUAGUGGUGUGAAAUAAACAGUAUUUUUCUUUUUUC